AACAAACACACACACAAACUGAACUGAUAAACCACUUUAAACUUUCAGCUUUCUCACUGUGAUAAGUAACUGAUAACAAAUUGAUAACAACCAUUACAACCGUCAAAUUUCGAUUUUCAACUUUUGCUCUCAAUAUAAUUUCUCCAUCAUAGCUGAAGUUAAACGGCGUAGGUGUAGUCCAUCACCUUAAACUGCCCAACUAUCUGUCAUUUAGGUGUCAAGUGUCAAAAUGAGUUGCUGCAUGAAGAGUGAACCUCUAGCUGUUUCAAAUUUUCGUGAAUAUCUCAGAAUACCGUCUGUGCAUCCCAAUAUAAAUUAUGAUGGCUGUAUCGAGUUUCUCAGGCGACAAGCAGAAGGGCUCAACCUAAAGUUCAAAGUAUUCGAGCUGAAGCCAAAAAAGCCAAUUGUUGUUAUAUCUUGGUUAGGCACCAACCCAGAGCUCCCCUCUUUACUGUUGAAUUCUCACAUGGAUGUUGUUCCCGUUUUUGAAGAAAAAUGGACGCACAAACCAUUUGCAGCCAUCAAAGACGAAAAUGGAAAUAUUUAUGCACGUGGAGCUCAAGACAUGAAAUGUGUUGGAAUUCAGUACAUUGAAACAGUCCGCAAGUACAUCCAAGAAGGCUUGCAUCUCAAAAGAACUUUACACUUAACUUUUGUCCCAGAUGAAGAAAUUGGUGGCGUCGAUGGAAUGGGACUUUUCAUUAAAACGCAAGAAUUCAAGAAUUUAAAUGUAGGCUGUGCAUUAGAUGAAGGUAUGGCUAGUGCCACAGAUGAAUUUAUGCUGUACUAUGGAGAGCGAUCAAUUUGGGUGUUUGAUAUUGAGUGCCCGGGACAAACUGGUCAUGGAUCUCUUUUACAUGAGAACACUGCUGGAGAGAAAUUAUCUCUGGCUCUUCAAAAAUUUUUGGAUUUUCGUGAGAAGGAAAAAAGACGGCUUCAGUUGAACCCAGAUUUUACAAUUGGCGAUGUUACAACACUCAAUCUCACAAUCAUAAAUGGCGGAGUUCAGAACAAUGUAGUGCCCCCCGCAUUUGUUGCGACUUUUGAUUGCCGAGUUGCAGUCGAUGUUGACCACACAGAAUUUGAAGCCAAGUUGAGACAGAUGGCCAGUGAAUGUGGCGCUAAUCUUUCCUUUCGGCAGAAAAUGCCAAAAAUUGAAGUUACCAGUAUAGACCCUAAAACCAACCCCUGGUGGAACAUUUUUAAGAACGAGUGUGAUAAAAUGAAUGUUUCUCUGAAAACUGCUGUCUUUCCAGGUGGCACCGACUGUCGCUACAUCAGAGAGGUUGGUAUUCCAGCUUUUGGUUUUUCUCCAAUGAACAAAACCCCAGUUCUUCUACACGAUCAUGAUGAAUUUUUGAAUGAGCAAGUCUUCCUCCGAGGCAUCGAUAUCUAUUACAACCUCAUUAAAGCAUUGGCCACUGCUUGAUCAUGACAGUUGUAUCUCCAUUGAUGCACGUCCUCUCAGAGUCAAGUAUUCUCAAAGAGAUCAAUAUCUUCCUUAAAGCUUAGAAUUAUGUGCUUCCUUUUUAAUGCAUUGCUCAAUGUUUAACUCCUCUCCAUUCUAACCUUUUUUUUGCAUAUUUCAAUGGAACUUAAUUUGUUGCUAAUAUUUCUAACAGCAAUCUUCUGGAGCAUUUCAUAUGAUAACGAUUUGAUUCCACAGUUCUUUGGACUUUACAAGAGAGUCACUUCAUCCGUGAGUUGAUAUUUUUAAGGAUGGUGGAAGGAACAACAAUGAAUACCUAGUCGCAUCUUGUUUUGAAAAAAUGUCCAAAAUUUUCAUUCUCUUCCAGAUAUUACUAGAACUGAAUUACAAAAAUGAGUGUGCAGUUUCAGUGAUUUUUGUAAGGAAAAAACAUCAAGAAAGGGCCAUGUAGAGGUUAGUAAAACCAUGCAGUAGUUCAAUGCAGAGCAGACGUGCAAUGACAUACCUAGCAGGUUUCCAAAAGUAUUGGUUAGCUUUCUGUUUGAGCAGAUAAAAGAUUUUUCAACUCGACAGUAAGAAUAAGUACUUCAUCUAUCAAUGUGUUACCUGAUACUGCAUUUGAAAUUUUUUCUCAACAAUAAUGGGACAGUGUCUGAAAAUCAGAUUCCUUUUCUCAUAAUCAUAUGUGCUCAUAAUUCUAAACAAUGUAUCUAAGAAAGACCAUACUCAUGGUAAUUACAUGUAAAACACAGCGUUUGGUUUCUAUUUUGCUGAGGAGGAGUGAUUUCUCUUGAUUGAACAUUACAAAAGAGGGAAUCAAUUGAGCUUUUGAAUUCAAAUGUUUUGCCCCCAGUUACUUUCUGAAAGUCUAGUUUGUAAGAGCCUGAGCAAAACGACCAAUCCUGUAAUCCCACUUUUUCUAUUCUGUGCCAGAAUUUUCGUAGGGAAAAAGAAAAAAAGUUUAAUUUAUGUAGAAUGUACGGUAAUGGAAUCACCCUAUGUCUUUUCGCAAUGACCUCUUCAUAUUGGAGGUUCAUCUAGGCCUUUGACUCUUUUCUAACUGAAAAAAUUCAGUAAUAGCAGGUACUAGUCAAGUAUUAAUGAAUUUAAAAAUACAGGUUAUUUUACAGGAAUCUUCCUGUCAUGUUCUUCCAUAAUUUUUACUAUUAACUAUUAUUCCGACAAUGUUGUUUUUAGAUUUAUACACUAUAGUUUUAUGUAUACUCCUAUUCAUAAGUUUUUAAAUAUGAACAGGCGUAAUUUUAGUGAUAAUUAGAAAUUUAUGUUACCCUAGGCGUUGGUUGUGAUCGUUGACUAUUUUUUAAUCGAAACAGAAAAUUAAUUAUUUUCAGAAAGAUUCUUUGAACUUCCAAAAAACUAGCCAUGAGUGCUGUUCUUUAAGAACGUAUCCUAUCAAAUGUUAAAAAUAAGCCUCUGUGCAAUCUGAUGUUUAGUUUGAUCAUUACAAGUUAUUCUGAAAAAGAAGCCUGUCACUAGUCUUUACAACUUAGUCCAAGUCUCAGGUCUUAUUAACAUAUCAUCUAUGUUAGUUAACUAUUAAAACUUGUAUUGAACAAAGUAUUCAACUUUUGAAAAUAAGAAAUAGCUCUAUAAUGACCCCUGAAGGUCUCUAAUGGUAUGAAAGAAAGUUCUUUUUUCUCAUUAUUAGACAACUAUGAUAACUUUCUGCAACAGCAAGCUGUAUAUCUUCGUGCAUUGUCCAUUUUUAUUCGAAAAUGUACUAGUGUGUUAUGUGUGGAGCUGCGUUCUCCUAGUUUAAGACAACUUCAGUGCAACUUGCCACGGUAAAUCGCAUUCUAAAACUGCACCUGAAUUCUGCCUCAGCUUCUUCUGAGCACAAAUUUUCUAAACAAGGUCGAGAUUUUUACAUACCUGCAGCAAAGUUACUAGCGCUGAUGAGUUUCUUCUCUGUAAGUACUAUCAGUUUCAUGCUAAAAUUUCAUGCAUGUUGGCCAAAUCAUCAGCUCUCUGUCUAAAAUUAAACGGCCUAUUCAAAGCAAAAUGUGAGUACCACAGGAUUUUUUGAGGCUCCACGCCCCUCUCUCAGUGAGCUAUUCAAUUCUCUAAUGUAAAUGUAGUUUUAGUAAAGUGCAGUGCAUGGCAACAUCAUAAUUAAAACAUCACCGAAGUAUUAUCCUCACCCGACUGAGAUGUUUUUUGCAUUAAUUAUAAACUGAAGCACCCUACAAAUUCAGGUCAGCAAUAAUAUUAAAAAGUUAUUUUACUAAGAUAGAAAACACCCUGUAAUCAUGGAGAGAAUAAAAAAGGUGGUGGCAAGGCCAGACAGUCACCAUUAGAUUUGGCCAUUCGGCAGAAAUGAACAUGAGGCUGUCUGUCAAUGAAAACAGGACAGCAAUGUGUGAGGCCCAAGACACUGCUUUGUGCCGUACACCAGACAUCUUCAUUACAACCCUCAUUAGACCUGUAAUUGGUUGCUGUGAUGUUAAAUGUACAUUUCCCUGCUCGUCACCACCAUAUGUAUUUUCUCUAUGCUUUGUGACUCAUUGGCAUUAUCACAACACAGCACAUCCCUUGCCAUGCAUAAACGCUUUCAGAAGUGUGUUAUUUUAAUCUUACUCAAUGUUUUCUGUGAAACAUUUUACUUUUAUCUUUCUAGUGAUUAAUCAAGUUACCAAUUAAUUUUUUUCUUUUAUUUUAUUUUGAAUGCAGACAGCAAAUUUGGUUAUCCAUGAAUGUAGCAAUUUCCUUCUCCUCUUAAGCUCUUCAAGUAAGAACUUAAUAGUGUAUUUCCCUCAAAAAAGACACUAACAAUUAACAAAAUGAGCUCUAUGCGUGUCGAAAAGAUAGGCAAUAUACAAUUGAAUGAAAAAUUACAACUAAUUUCAGUUUCAUUGCAAUAAAUUUCACUAAGAAGUGUUCCCUCAAUCGGUAGAUAGGCAACAUACACAACACUCAAGGAAAUAACAUUAAUGUUGCCACAUGAUUGCAAUUUUUCUGUGCUACUUGGGUCAGUCCUAUCAGACAUUGGUAGUACAGCUGUCUGCAAACAGACCAUGACGUUUGUCAUGGCAAAAGUACAGAAGCAUUUUCCGAAAAAUGAUAUGAGCUCUAAAAGAAACUGAUUUUUUCAGCAUAAAAGUGACUUUAUUUUUGACAACUGAACAAAAGGAAUAAAAGCUGCGUAAAUGAUAGGUCACCGAAAACAAAAUAGCUGUUUUUCUUACCUCAACUGUUAAACUGUUCUACGUAAUCAUUAUUUUCCUUUCUCUGCAAAUUAUUGGUGACAACAUUAUAGUAUUAACUUCUGAAUGUGAUAGUAGAAAGACUUCUAUUCAGUCUCAAAAGAGGUAAAGUUGCUAUUUUUAGAUUAAAUAUUUUUUUUCCAUACAUGUGUUCAUGUAGUCUUGUGCAUUUUUAAUCAACGCAUCUUUUAAAGGAGCGAAGGAAAUUCUCAAAUUUCUUUUAACUUUUUAAAGUCAAAUCCCUGACACAACAAUUUUGACUCCUACCAAUUAGAAAAAGCAAUAAGUUACCUAUUUUUAAAAAUUAUUUUAUUCAUUGGUUAGAAUUAUGAUAUAAGAAUAUAUUUUUUCAAGACUAAUUCACACAGAUCAGUCAUUGCGCAGCUUUUGUGAAAUCCACUCCCCCGCCCGGCCCUAACUCGCAGCACUCAAUGCUACGUCACAAUGGGUGCUCCCAUAAGAAAUACAUUGCAGGCACUCAAUACUACGUCACUGCGCAGUAGAGUACCAAAACUUGUCCUUGGGAAUGACUGACCUGUGUGGAUUGGUCUUGUAUUUUUUUAAAUGUAAGCAUUCCGGAAAAAGUUGAGGAAAUCGUUGGUCAGAUAUCAUUGAAACAUUUUUUGUGAGCAUUUUCCGAAGGAAAAUACUAGUGGCACAGGACAACUAUCCUGCGAAGAAAAACUGUAGAUUAAGGUCUUAACUUUCAGAUGGUGGGCGCAAUUAUAAAUUUAGGAAUUGUAAACUUCAUGCAAGCUACACUGAAACCACAACUGGGGUGAUGCUUCCCCUUCGGAAUAUACACAAUCCCUGCAGAGGAUAGGUCUUUAAAUAACGAACAUCACAACUGAACCGCUCAUCCAAACUAAAAAAGCGCUUGCACAAAGCGCACGUCCAGGGGCGAGGCCACCCCAUUAAUUCAGUUCAGAGUGUUGUUUUAUUUCAAAUUUAGUGUCUUCCUUUUUGCUUAUGCGGCGCUGUUUCUAAGUUAAGAUAAAUCGUUUCUCCUUGUUUUCCCACACUGUUUUGCUAUGUUGACCUAAUUGAAUAAAUUUAUUUUUCAUUUAUUUUCAUCA